UUGUUUUUUGAUCCUUCUAUUAAAGACGAAUUGGGUAAAAAAGCUAGAUAUAAGCAAUGUUUAGGAGACUAUUAUCUUACUGUAAAUAAUAGUGGUACUUCAAAUUUGCGUAGUUAUAUUAUCAAUAUUCACAAAAUUAGCAUCCCAAGCAAUAUUGAUCCUGAAGA